AUGCCUCUCAAAGAUUUAUUCCCAUGUCUUUUUCGCCUGGAAAUUGUUAAGGACUGUUCUGUUAUGGAUCGCUUGGCAGACGGUGGAACGUGGCUGUGGAGGUUCGAUCCUGACUCUACUUCGGAGAUGCAGGAGCUGUCUUCACUUUCCGGUAUGUUAUCUUCCUUUUCUAUUGGCAGCGGUAGAGAUAAGUGGAAGUGGUUAGGCGACUCCACGGGUUUAUUUUCGGUCAAAUCAGCAAAGGAUUUACUGGCUCGGAGUAGAUGUGUUUCGAAUGUUCAAGUGAUCGACUGGUGUAAAUGGGUUCCUAUUAAGUGUAAUAUUUUCGUUUGGAGGCUUGAGCUGAAUCGAAUCCCUACGUUUGACGUCUUAGCUUCUAGAGGUAUUGCUAUUCGUUCCAGGACCUGUCCCCUUUGCGGCUGUGAGGAUGAAUCGGUCAUUCACUUGUUCAUAUCAUGCCGGUUUGCGGAGUUGAUUUGGCAUAAAAUCAGUAGAUGGUGUCAUUUACCGGCGAUUUUUGCGUUCUCGAUUAAAGAUCUCUUGGAUUUGCAUUUGUUCAGCAGACUGGGGCCGACGGAGAAGUUGGUCGUCCAAGGUAUCGUGAUUUCUACUUGUUGGUGCAUUUGGUUGGCUAGGAAUAAAGCGGUUUUUUCGGAUAUUAAGCCAAGUGUGGAAGGUGUUUUUAGCGAGGUGAGAACUUUGGGCUUCUUUUGGUUUAGAAAUAGAUCGCGGUUUCAACGGUAG